AAAGAUGAUAGUAACAAUAAUAAUAACAUUUUGACAUGAUAGACCUAAAUGAAAUAAACUAUAGGCUACAUUAAAUGAAAUACACUAUAAGCUAUAGCUAUAUUGUAGCACAUGGGUAAACCAAGCUCAAGACAAAGCUUAUGAGAAGAAUCAUAGAAAGUUUUGUUCAUAAAACAUAGAAAUAAAGGAAGAGAAGAAGCAACACAGCUUUGAAAACUUUCAUAUACUUGCUUUGCUUUACAAGUUUACAUCCAAAUUUCUUUAUUCAAUCUACAAGAAUGAGAAACAAGAUGGCCCUUUUAUGCUUUUAUUCAGAAACUUUCAUAAUUGGAGCAAUGUUCUUUAUUUGUAUUGGAGCUGAACCAGUAGCAGAUAAACAAGCUUUACUGGAUUUCCUUCACAACAUGAAUCACUCUGCACAUAUCAAUUGGAGCAAGAGUUCUUCUGUAUGCAAAAAAUGGACUAGAGUUACCUGCAAUACCGAAAAAUCAAGAGUUAUAUCGCUUCAGCUACAAAGUGUUGGAUUGAAUGGUUCAAUUCCAUCUAACACUCUUAUUAGACUCACAGCACUUCAAAAUUUGAAUCUUGCUUCCAAUAGUAUAACUGGUUUCUUCCCUUCUGAUUUCUAUAAGCUGAAAAAUUUGACCUCUCUUUUCCUCCAAUUCAACAAGUUUUCUGGGCCAUUGCCAUUCGAUUUUUCAGUUUGGAAUAAUCUAGCUGUUGUUGAUUUUUCCAACAAUGGUUUUAAUGGAAGCAUUCCUUUAUCAGUUUCGAAGUUGACUCAUCUCACUUCUUUGAUUCUAGCUAAUAACACUCUUUCAGGUGAAAUUCCUGAUAUCAAUAUUGCUAGCCUGAAAGAUCUCAAUUUGGAAAACAAUAAUCUUAGUGGUGUUGUGCCUAAAACACUUCAUAGAUUUCCAAGAUUGUCUUUCUCAGGUAACAAUCUUACAUUUGUAGAUGUUUAUCCUCCAAAUUCUCAUAAGAAAAGGAAAAAAACCAAAGGGCUUAAAGAACAAGCGUUAUUAGGUAUCAUCAUUGGUGGUUGUGUACUAGGAAUUUUAAUCAUAGGAGUUUUCUGGAUUGUGUGCUGUUACAAGAAACACGGUGAAGCGGGACAACUUGUUAAGUCUCAGAAUAACAAAGAAGUUUUUUCUGAUAAAAAAGAAUCUUCUGAGAGUCUAGAACGAAACAAAAUUGUUUUCUUUGAAGAUUGCAAUUAUGUAUUUGACUUGGAAGAUUUGUUGAGAGCUUCUGCUGAGGUGCUUGGAAAGGGAACUUUUGGUACUGUUUAUAAGGCUGCUUUAGAGGAGGCAACGACAGUCGCGGUUAAGAGGCUGAAGGAGGUUACGGUCGGGAAGCGCGAGUUUGAACAGCAGAUGGAGAUGGUUGGAGGGAUUAGGCAUGAGAAUGUGGCUGCACUAAGGGCUUAUUAUUAUUCAAAGGAGGAGAAACUUAUGGUUUAUGAUUUUUAUGAACAAGGCAGUGUCUCAGCAAUGUUGCAUGGCAAAAGAGGGGCAGAUAGAAUUCCUUUAGAUUGGGAAACCAGGUUGAGAAUAGCAAUUGGUGUAGCAAGAGGCAUUGCAUACAUCCAUGCACAAGAAGAAGGAAAACUAGUCCAUGGAAACAUAAAAGCCUCAAACAUUUUCCUCAACUCCAAAGGGUAUGGUUCCAUCUCUGACAUUGGUCUAGCAACAAUGAUAAUAAGUCCAACAUCUCCAAGAGCAACAGGAUACCUUGCACCUGAAGUAACCGAAACUCGAAAAGCAACUCCAGCGGCUGACGUCUAUAGUUUCGGUGUCUUGUUACUUGAACUUUUAACUGGUAAAUCUCCUUUACAUGUAGGUGAGGAAGUUGUUCAUUUGGUUAGGUGGGUGAAUUCUGUGGUUAGAGAAGAAUGGACUUCUGAAGUGUUUGAUCUGGAGUUAUUGAGAUAUCCUAAUAUAGAGGAGGAAAUGGUUGAGAUGUUGCAAAUUGGUAUGGCUUGUGUUGUGAGGAUGCAAGAUCAAAGACCAAAAAUGGAUGAAGUUUUGAGAAUGGUUGAAGACAUUCAUAGGGGUACUAGUGGAAAUAGACUUUCCACUGAAUCUAGAUCAGAUGGUUCUACUCCAAUAACUCCUCAUGUAAUGGAAACACCUAUUUCUCUUCCACAUUGAGAUUCUUUGAGUAUAUUGUCAAUGCAAAACUAGUUUAUAUCAAUAUGCAUUGAAUAUAUUCUUAUUGCUUAUUUUAGUGAAUGGUUGUUAAAUAUGUAUUUUAGUCACUACAGUGAUAUCUUGACUUGACGAAGACUUGAGAUUUUGGUCACUACAGUGAGACCUGAGAAUGAGAAUGUGUUCAUCUCAAGGUCUUAGAUUUGAAUUUUACUAGGUGUUAAGUCAUUUCAUAUAAAGUUUUGUUCUGCCUUUAAA